UCGGUUGUCAUUAAUUAAAUUAAUAAUAAGCAAAAGCAGGGCUAAUUGGCUUGUUAGCGUUAAAAGGGCAAAUUUGGGGCGCGCCAGCGGCAAUUUGUGGCCGUUUUUGUGGCAAUUUUGCAUAAGGGGCGUAAAAACUGGUCGUUUUCUGGUGACCUUGGGCCAGUGUUGGCAGCGCUGCGCCGACCGUCAGAGCCGUCUCUGUGAAAGCUGCCGCUUAACGUCAAAACAAUAAUAAAUCAACCGCAAACUAUGUGAUUCUGAGCAAGUAGUGCCCCCUUGAAGAGUCCAAUGGCGAGUGCGGCGGAGCUCCCGUCGGCCGACAACUCGUGGAUCGAAUUCUGCGAGCGGCAUGCCAGUGUCGCCGCUCAAGACUUCUCCAAAAGUUGCGUCCAGUUCAUGUCGUUAAACCUUUCGGAAUCGGCCAAAGCGACAAUAACCCACAAAGACUUCCUUGGCAAAUUCCUCGAGACGUUCGCCGAGCACUUCGAGACCGACUUCGGCAAGCGCAAGGCCCAGGUGGCGAAAAUCGCGAAUGGGGGCUCCCGCCUCGACGACGACGCCUCGGAGCCCGAGGAGGGCUCCCCGAAGAUGCCCCACAAGCCGUUCUUCCGCAGGUUAAGUUUCAAAAUGCUGCGGAAGGGCAAAGACCUCUUCCACAAGCAGCACUCGGACGAAGUGGACUUGGCGCACAACAAGACCAAGUUGGCCAAGAUCGUGGUCGAGUGCCGCAAGGAGGGGAUUGUGAGCUACUCCACCCCAGAGAGCUUGGACCAGCCCGGGGGGCCCCCCAAGUGGGAGAAGUGCCGGCUGGCGCUGGUCAAGGCCGUCGGGGGGUACAUGCUCGAGUUCUACUCGCCGCCCAAAAGCACCAAACCCCGUAGUGGCGUUUUUUGCGCCCUUAUCACCGAAGCCCGCGAGACUACGGCUCUGGAAAUGCCAGAUCAUGAAAAUACUUUCGUUCUUAAGGCUAAUAAUAGUCUCGAAUUUGUUAUUUUGGCCAGAGAUACCGAUGAUAUGAGGUCAUGGCUUGCUACAAUUAAGUAUUGUAUACGUUCGGGGGCGGGUUACGGUGACACCGCCCCCGGCGAUCAACGCGACUAUCACUCGGACGCCCCCGAACUGCCCCCGAGACAUGUCUCAGGCCGAGGGGGCGACCGGUUGUCUUCCAGUAGUAACUUCGAUAUGUGCCCCUCAACCGGCGAUAAUAUCUCAAUGGAGACUGAUAUUGGCCAGACGUUAAAAAAAGAAUUCUGGUUCCAUGGCACUCUAGGCCGGUCCGAAGCCACCAAUCUAGUCCUCCAUGACGGCGCUAGAGGCCAUGGAUUGUUUCUGGUACGUCAGAGUGAGACACGGACCGGCGAAUUCGUCCUAACUUUCAAUUUUCAAGGCCGGGCUAAGCACCUCCGGAUGACCAUCAACGACCAAGGCCAGUGCCGAGUGCAACACUUCUGGUUCCAGUCCAUCUACGAAAUGCUCGAACACUUCCGACAGCAGCCGAUUCCGCUCGAGAGCGGCGGCAAUUCCGACGUCACACUCACCGACUUCGUUGUCAAUUCCGCCGCAAGAGGGCAGCUCCAAGGCUCGAUGGGGCGGAGCUCGCAAGCCUCGACCAAUGGCGUGCACGAACGCAGAGUCCCGCCCAUACCCGAAAUCAGACAAGUCCAAACACACAAUGGGAGUGUGCGAACUCAGGAAACCACUCUGGAACAAAUUUCCGAGGCACGAGCUGUUGAAAAUCAGUACAGUUUUGUGUAAAAUAACAAAAACGAGUCAGUAUUAUUAAAAUGGCCGCCUGUCACUUUGACAGCCGGCCACUUGAUUGGCAAAAUCAAAUAAGUGUACCCAACCCAGUGUAAUAUAUGUUAUAUAAGUACGCCAAACAUGUUUUAUUUCACUCCUUAAGGCUGCUCAACUGCUCAUUCAAGAACUCCACAAACUGCGAAUCGGUUAUAAUUUCACUUCUAGUUUUCAGUACCCCGGUAAUUUGGUUUAACUUCAAGGCUAACACGUGUUUGCAAGUCAGACUCGUCCUGUCUUGUAAAACUUGCAACUGGAAGGCCUGGCAUUGGCAAAAAUUGAUGUUAUUAUAAAUCGUAUAUCUUUCCAAGUUGCUUCCCACUUUGUAAAUGCUACGAGUCUUGUCCUUGGUCUCGUAUUUCGUGAUUUUGCACGUUUCGAGCAAUUCAGUGGCUUGGCUCAAAGUGGGGCCGAAAAAUGAGUGUAACUGAGUGAGAAUUUCGUUCGGCACUGGAAACAAAUAUGUAAAUUGUGAACGAACUAUUGGUCUAUUUACGUUUUUUUUGCCCCUUGUACACAUUUUCGGUCUCUUGGAGCAAUUCGAAGGCCAGUUUUGGGACUACCGCUGUUUUUAACAUUUUGGUUUUGAAUUUGUGAGGUUAGGUCAUCUAAGACCACAAAUCGUGUGUUUUUUGCAUAUUUUUUUCACAGGACGCAAAUUACUUUUAUUCAAGUAUGGAAUAGUGAAUUUUUACCAUUUUUACGUUUUUAUAUAAAUAAAUAAUAACGCAAAUUAUGAACGUACCCAAACGUCAAUGUCCCAUAUUAUUUAAUUUUUUGUGUGAUUUACGGUGUGUUGCUCACAUUUGACUGUUAAAAUGAGAAAAAUACAAAAAACAAUCUUUAUUAAUCCUUCACAAAGUCGUGUAUUUGUUAAUUGAUUUUCGUCAUGGAGCUGUACAAGUGCGAAAAUUGCACUUUUGUGACCAAACUCCCAUUUAAUACAACAAACCACUUAACAAUUCAUGCAAAAGGCAGCGAAACUUUUGAUUGUUCGAGUGACCUUGAGCCCUACAAGUGUCACAAAUGUCAGACAUUUGAGACGCCAUUGUUGUCACAAAUGAGACAUCACAACCUUCAAGGUCACACAUCACAAAGUGUCAAACUUACAAUUAACAAGUGUCCCAGUUGUGAUUUCACGUCGUUUUCGAGAUAUUUGUUUGCGCGACAUUUAAUUACGUCCAAUCAUCAAAAAAAGGAGGUUUACUGGUGCAAAAAUUGCAAUUUCACGACGAAUUUUCCCUACAAUUUGAAACGCCACGUGAUUUUGAGACAUACUGACGAUUCUCAAAUCCAUUGGUUUAAGUGUAAACAUUGUCAAUUCAAGGCCAAAAACAAGGACAAUUUGCGCAAACACUUGAUUAAUCGGCACGAAGCCAAAAAUGUAAAUCCCGCCCAACUUUUGGUUUGUGAUCAUUGUGAUUACAAGUGUACGAAAAAAUACCGCUUAAAAGAACACAAACUAGCAAUGCAUUCGUUGUUGUGCGACUUUGAGUACUUCCCCUGCGACCAAUGCCAGUUCAAGACGCUGUUUAAAAGUACGCUAAACAAGCACGUGACCGUAACACACGGCUCCGAUUGGUUCAAGUGCGACCAAUGCAAAUUCGAAACAAAAUACAAACAAAACUUGCAAAACCACCUUCUCACUAAACACAAUCACAAUCCUAAAUUGUUUGAAUGUGAUAAAUGUGGCCACAAAACUAAAACAAAGGCCACUCUGAUCAAACACCGAAAGCAUAAACAUGAAAACACACCAUUAUUCCACUGUGACAUUUGUGAUUACACCACAAAUGUCAACCGCAAUUUAAUUAAACAUUGUGAUGCGCGUCAUGCCACAGGUUAUCACAAAUGUAACAAGUGUGAUUUGAGCUUCGAGACGCGAUUUGAGCUCACAACGCACACAAAAAACGAACAUUUCAAGGUUAUUGUCAAAUAUCAAUGCCACCUUUGUGACUUUAAAACUAAUUCAAAGCUGGAAUUGGCCACACAUAAGAAAACCGAACAUUUGAAGAACGUUAAAUUGUAUGAGUGCCAACUUUGUGAUUUUAAAAGUGAGCAUAAGGGGAACUUCGGCAAUCACAAAUUGCAGAAACAUUCGGAUAAGUGGCUUAAGUGCGAACAGUGCGGUUAUCAAACGAAGUGGAAAAGCAGUUUGCUGAGGCAUGUGAGGACACAGCAUGGUUGAUUAAACUGAUUUUGCCGCAAUUUGUGUUUUAUUUCAAAAUUUGUGCACUUUCUUUCAAAGAAUUUAAUAAUGUUACCAGCGUUUUUUUUAAUCAUUCGUUUAGCUGUAAUAACAAAGUUUUAUUUUUUUAAAUGACAAUCGUAGUUGGCUAUGACCAACUAUUUCGAAAAGCAUAUUUUUUUAAUGUCUUUGUUUCAAACGUGUGUCUUUUAUAAUAAGGAAGAUACGAUUUUUUGACUCAAAAAACGGACCUGUACAAACAAAUCGAUGUUUUAUUCACAUUUUAGUGAACGUACCCAACCUCCUGUCAUUCCUUAACCUCACUUAAGGUUACAAAUUCUUCCAGUUUUAGUGUAAAAUAAAUCAAAAACAACUUAAUUGACCCUCAACGCGCCGAAAACUUGCAUUUUUUAAUAAUGGAACUGUACAAGUGCAAAAAGUGCACAUUCAGAACUAAACUCCAAUCAACAAUGAAAAACCACUCGACAAUUCACACAAUAGGCGCCGAAACAUUCGAUUGUUCAAGCGUCCUUGAACCGUACAAAUGUCACAAAUGUCCGACAUUUGUGACGCCAUUUUUGUCACAACUGAGGCAUCACAUCGUUCAAGGUCACACAUCACAACGUGUCAAAUUGACACUUCACAAGUGUCCCCGGUGUGAUUUUAAGUCGUUUUCGCGGUUUUUGUUCUCGAAACAUUUGAAAAGUGUCACACAUGAGAGAAAUGACUUUUACGAGUGUAAAAGUUGUGAUUAUGUGACUAGAAGUGUUCCCCGUUUGCGGAGACACGUCAUCGCGAGACAUACGGCCGAUUCUGAGAUCGAGUGGUUUCAGUGUGCGUAUUGCCCUUUCAAGGGCAAACUCCGGGGAAACCUGAGCCGACACGUGCAAAUACACGACCCGGAUUUCCGGUUUGCGUGCCAGUUUUGCGACUACAAGGCCAAAAGAAGUGAUUAUUUGAGACAGCACUUGUAUGGUCGGCAUAUGUCCAAAAUACUGCGCGCGCACAGUUGUGAUCAUUGUGAUUUUAAGAGUAUAGAUCGCGCUCGCUUGAAGUCACAUCAAGUGGCCAAGCAUACGGUAAAGUGCGACUUUGACUACCUCCAGUGUAGCCAAUGUCAGUACAAGACGCCGUUUAAGUUCGUGUUAAACAGACACGUGACUAGCAAGCACGGCCCUGAUAGGCUCAAGUGUGACCAAUGCGAGUUCGUGACGAAAUACAAGCUCAGUUUACGUAACCACAUUCUUUUAAAACACACAGAAAACGCUCAAAUGUUUAGUUGUGACAAAUGCGAUUACAAGAGUAAAAUUAAGAGCACGUUAUCAAAUCACCGACGGUUGCAACAUGGCAACGUUCCGAUGUUUCAGUGUGACGUUUGUGACUAUAGAACCAAUCAGAAAAUAUCUUUACUGAGGCACUUUCGUGCACUCCAUAAUAGAGCGCACAAGUGCAGAGAAUGCAAUUUGAGUUUCGAAACGAAUUUAGAGCUUACAGCACAUAAAAAAAAUGAGCAUUGGAAGGGGGUUAAAGUGUAUAAGUGUAAAUUGUGCGAUUUUGAAAGUAUACAUCCGGGAAGUAUCAGCAAUCACAAAUAUCUGAGACAUUCGGAUAAGUGGUUCUGUUGUGAGCAUUGUGACUAUAAAACCAAAAUGAAGCUUAGUUUUGCCAAGCAUGUGAGGGCACGACAUUGUGAUUAAUUUUUGUGAUAAGUAUUCUAUUUUAUAAGUGUUGGAAUAUUUUUGUCAUUUUAUCUUAUUUAUAAAUUAUAGUUUUUUUUGUGGUUGUUGUGAAACUAACAUAUUGCUGUUAUAUGUAAAUGUACAAAAACGAAUAAUAAACAAGUGUAACGAU